AUGAAGAUCCCCGUGCUCAUCACGCCCCAGAGCAAGCAGCAGGUCCUGCGGGUGGACGUCACCUACUUCGACCCCUUCACCGGGGCUCCGUACAGCGCCAAGCCCAUCAUUGUCAUUGUCGAGCGCACGCUGGUCAAGCGCCCGGUGUACAUCGUCCCCAACCCCAUGGUGGACACGACUAGGGUCCGCUACCGUUGCGCAGAGGACAUCGAGAAGGCCGUCAUCUACAGCAGCGAAGGGAAGUACAAGGAGGCGAAGGCCCUCCUGGAUGGCACUCUCGCUUACAUUGCCGGCUCCAGUGUGUGGAACGUCGAGGAGGUGCAGCAAUACAGGGAGGACUGCAUCGUUGUGCAGAAGGUCGUUGAGAAGCCGCAGGUGAUUCCCCCACCCGUCGCGUCGGGCUACAUCGCCGCCGCGCACAUCAUGGGCAACCAGCGCGCCGCGGGCGUGACCAACGACCUGCACAGCCCGGCCAUCUGGGUCACGGAACCCAAGCAGGAGGAAGCCAAGAAGGCCAAGAAGUUCGCGGAGCCCGUGAUCCCCGCUGAGGCGCGCUCCACCGCCGUCGGCUUCGCCAACGCCAACGUCAAUGAUGACGGCACAGUCAGCGCAGAGGCCACCAACGAAGCAUCCGUCGAGGGGGCGGAUUCCUCCGCGACUUCCACGGCUGAGUCCACGGCCAAUGGGGAGGGCGCGGAUGCCGAGUCCGUGGCAAUUGCCGUGGCGGACUCCGGCGACACUGAGGACGGCAUGGCGGACGCCACUGCCACGGCCACCUCGACCGCCACUGGCGAAGACGCCGUUGCGACGUCCACCGGGGCUGCCUUCGCGGUCGCGGGGCAGGACGGCGGCCAGGCAACCGCCACCACGAACUCCCAGGCAUUCGCCUCCGCGCCCGAGGAGGGCGAUGCGACCGCAAUCGCCACCGGCGCGUCGGUCGCGAUAGCGCCGGGCGACCAGGCCACCGCAACGACGAACAGCUACGCGGAGGCGACGGCUCCCGAGGGGGCCGCGACGGCCAUCGCCGCCAGCGGGGCGCUCGCGGUCGGGGAGGACGCCACGGCGUCCGCCCCCGCGGAGGCAUACGCCCAGGGGGAGACGGCCACGGCGGUGUCCGUCGGCGGUGCGGCCGCGGUCGCGGGCGACGAGGGCGAUGCAAGGGCGACGGGAUCGUCGGAUUCGACCGCCCAGGGGGAGGAAUCCGCCACGGCGGCGUCCGUCGGCGGGGCGGCCGCGUUCUCCGGCGACGGCGGCAGUUCCGAGGCGGUCGGCAGCGCGGACGCCACCGCCGUGGCGACCGAGGGCCCGGCGGUGGCCACCGGCAACGCCGGCGCGCUCGCCGUGUCGGGAGAAGACGGCACAUCGGAUGCGACGGCAAACGGCUUUGGCUCCGCGUCGGGGACCGAUGCCACGGCUGUGGGGACCGGCGACGCGGCUGCGGCCGCCGGGGAGGACGUGGCCACGGCCAGCGGGGCGGGCAGGGUGGACGUGACGGGUGACAGCGCCACGUCGGUCGCGUCGGGCACCGCCGAGGGGGACGAGGCCAGCGCUUCGGCGUCGGCGGUCGCGGUCAGCGGGCCCGGCGGCCCGCGGGGGCGCGCCUCUGGCUUCGGCAGCGCCGAGAGCGGCGGCGCCACGGCGGAGGCCAACGGCACGGCGGAGGCCUUCGCGCCGGCGCCCGCGCCGGAGGAGUACGUUGGAGGCGGCAAAUAG